UUAGAUGUGAAAGAAGAAUGAGGAAGUGGUGAAGAUUGGUUUAAAAGAAGAAGAAGGUAAGGUUUGGGAAAAUAGUGGUGUAGCAGAGUGAGAAGUGAGAAGAAGAGAUGGGAAAGGCGAAAGAAGCAGUGGUGGUGGCGGGAGCCUUAGCGUUUGCGUGGCUGGCCAUUGAGCUCGCUCUCAAACCCUUCCUUGGCAAGGCGCGCUCUUCCAUUGACAAGUCCGACCCUGCUCAAGACCCCGACGACGACGCUCCUGCCGCCGCCGCCGAUGAGGCCUGAUUUCAUCCUUCUUGUGCGAUUCCUCUUUCCUAUUUCCUCAUUUCUCCUACUCUUUAUUUUGUAUAUUGUCUUCCCUUUAUCGUCACAUUUAAACUCAUUUUCUUAGCUCCCCUUGUUGUUCAUCAUUUUCAUGUUCUCAAAACCUAAUAAUCCAGGAACCGCACAAGAUCCUCUAUUACUAAUUUUCCUCUUUAUUUUAAUUA